AUGUCCACGCCAAAGCCAACAACUGCAGCCACCACAACCACCACAACAGCAGCAGCGCCCAUCUGCACGGAUGGGGUGAGCACCUCUGCCAUCAAGCGGUUCAUGUCGCAGAUCAAGGAUUAUCACCCCAACAACUAUGAGGAGGUGACCACAUACGAUGCGUGCCUUAAGCCUGUGCUCCACCGCACGAAGGAAUGGAAGUGUUCGUACAUCGACCUGCUGCGCAGAACCAAACCAGAGGAAGUGGGACCAGCCACUGUGUUCGUGUCGCACGCAUGGCAGUACAAGAUCUCCGACGUCCUCACCACCAUGCUGGAGUACGCCGAGGAGGAGGAGGAGAAAAAGCGCAAGGAUGAAGAUGGAACCAAGAAGGAGACGUUCUUCUGGUUUGACCUCUUCUGCAACAACCAGCACAAAGAAUCGCGCAUGGGCCUGUCGCCAGAACAGAUUGGCGCCCCGUUCAAGAACGCCAUUGCAUCCAUUGGCAAGGUGCUGCUUGUGCUGACGCCAUGGAACAACCCCGUCCCACUGACACGCGCGUGGUGCUUGUGGGAGAUCUUCUGCGCCAUCAGCCAGAGCAGUGAUGACGUCGGAUUGGAGAUCAGACUGCCGCAACACCAGCGCACGAAGCUGAGGGAAGCUGUUGUUGAUAGCUUUGACGCCGUCACCAACAUGCUGGUUGAGGUGCAAGCGGAGAAGGCAGGCGCAAGUGUCCCAGCAGACAAGGAGAUGAUCUUCCGGGCGAUUGAGGACACUGUGGGCUUCGCUGGAGUGAACAAGGCGGUGAAAGGACAGAUGCGCGCCUGGUGUUUGACGAUGGCAAGGUCAUUCGUGAAGGAGCUGGAAGACUUGGGUGACCACAACGGAGAGCAGUACUCGUUGCUGUGCAGUCGAGUUGGAGCAGUCAUGCUCAGUUUUGGCGAACAUGAUGCUGCCAUGAGGUUUCACAAGAAGAGCCUGAAGGCUUUGCGCGACCAGUUUGGGGAAACACAUCCAUUCACAGCAACUGCGUACCACCACAUUGGCAACGUGCACGACAAGAAGGGUGAGUACGAUCGUGCCAUCGAGAACUUUGAGAAAGCACUCAAGGUCCAGUGUGACACCCUUGGUGAGAACCACUCCUACACGGCAGCCAUCUAUCACAGCUUGGGGCUGACGUAUCAUAACAGGGGAGAGUACGAUCGCGCGCUCCACUUUUACAAGAAGGACCUCCAUAUUACACUCAGCGCACAUGGCGAGAACCAUCCUUCCACGGCGACUGUGUAUCACAAUUUGGGCCAGGUGGUCCACAAACAAGGAAAGUACAAUGAAGCGACUGAGUUCUACAAGAACAGCUUGCAGAUCAAGCUGGACACGCUGGGCGAGACGCACCCAUCCACAGCAACUACGUACCACAACCUCGGCCAAGUGUUUCAGAGCAAGGGCGAGCAACAACGCGCAAUCGACCAUUACACCAAGGCCUUGAAGGUCAUGCGUGAGACCUUGGGCGAGGGACACCCCACCACCGCAACCGUGCUCAGCAACUUGGGCGACGUGCACAGCAGCAGUGGUGAGCUUGACCGAGCGGUUGCAUACUUCAAGAAGGCGUUGCAGAUUAACAUGGACACGCUUGGCAAGAAGCAUCCUUCAUACGCAGCCACGUCCCACAACUUGGGGCGAGCGUACGACAAACAGGGCAGGCAUGAUUGUGCGAUCGAGCUCUACGCGCAAAGCCUGCAGGCAAUGGUGGACACGCUGGGAGAGAACCAUCCGUCCACCGCAACCGUGUGCCUCAGCCUUGGCGAUGCGUACACGAGGAAAGCAGCGUAUGACCGUGCAAUGCAUUAUUACAAGCGGGGUUUGACCAUCUUCCUGGACACAUGCGGAGAGAAGCAUCCUUCCACCGCUCUAGCGCACGAUCACGUGGGCAAUUUGUAUGUCAGCAAAGGCGAGCAUGCGCGUGCCAUUGAGCACUUCAAGAAGGCGCUGCACAUCAACAUCGAUACGCGUGGUGAGCAGCAUGCCUUCACCUCGGCCACUUAUUACAGCUUGGGCAGUGCGUAUUACGAGACGCACCAGUAUGAUCUUGCAGUUGAACACCUCAAUCAGGCCCUUCUUGCCGGGAAGCACGAAUCCACACCCGCCAUUUUCCGCCAGCUGGGCAACGCGUAUUACAAGAAGGGCGAAUACGACCGAGCGAUCGACCACUUCAACAAGGCACUGCGGAUCAAGUUGGACACUGUUGGCGAGAUGCACGCCUCCACUGCCGCCAUCCUCCACGACCUGGGGGACAUGUACAUCAGCAAGGGCGAGUGUGACCGCGCCAUUAACUACUUUGAGAGGGCUCUCGACAUCAAGGUGCAAACCCUUGGUGAGAAGCACAAGUCCACAGCGACUACAUACAACAGCUUGGGCAGCGUGUAUGAACGCAAGGGCGAGUACGAUCGCGCUAUCCACUGCUACACCAAAGACCUCGAGAUCGCGCUCAACACGCUCGGUGACAAGCAUCCGUCCACGGCAACGGCAUAUCACAAUUUGGGCGAUGUGUACGAGAGCAAGGGCGAGUACAAGUUGGCCAUGGAAAACUACGAGCGGAGCAUUCAAAUCAAAGUGGCCACGCUGGGCGAGAAGCACGCGUCUCUAGCAAGGACGCUGAACAACCUUGGCAGUGUGUAUCACGCCCAAGGCGAAUGCGCUCGCGCGCUGGAGUGCUUCGAAAAGGCGCUGCAUAUCAAAGUUGACACACUUGGCGAGAAGCAUCCUUCCACAGGAAUCACGCACGGGUACUUGGGGAGCGUGCAUAGUGAAAUGGGCAGUUAUGAAGGUGCAAUCGAGCACUUCCAGAACGCACUGCAGAUCCAGGUGAACACGCUGGGAGAGAAACACACGGACACGGCAACCACAUAUCACUACUUGGGCACCGCGUAUGCUGACAAAGGCGAGCAUGACCGUGCCAUCGAAUGCUUCAGGAAGGCGCUGCAAAUCAACAUGGACGCGCUCGGACCUGACCACCUGUCCAUCGCGUUCACCUCAAACAGCAUCGGCAAGACCUUCGCCAACCUGUAUGAUUUCGGCAAUGCAAUUCCGCACAUCAGCCGGGCCGUUGACAUCUUUCACGCGAGGCUUGGACCCCGUCAUCCAGAAACAAUGCAGGCGGUCAAAUGCCUCGAGAAUGUGCGACAAGCCGCGCGUUCAAGUUCAAAAGUGUCACUGCACCAAUCCACACUGUGAUUGUGUGUGUGGGGGGGAGGGUGUGUGUGUGUGUGUGUGUGUGU